UUAGGUCUAGUAGCGACCUGAACAGAAGGAACCGAGUCCAUUCAGUGUCAGAUGCAGCAGCACUUGUUGUGGGGCUUUUUCUUUUAAUUCCGAGGUCGAUUUUUUGUAUUAAAAAACAAACAAACAAAAAAAUACAGGUUCACUUUUUUUUUUUUUAUUGUGUUGUAAACAUAAUGUCCACUGGAAUAAUUUUUGAAUGUGUUUUGCUGCGCGCUCAUCGUCUGGAUGUUUUAAAUACAUAGAUAUACUUUUGUCAAAUAUAUUUUUAAAUUACAUUUUUAUAUACAUACCAAUAAUUGCGUAUAUGUUAUUAUCCUUGACACUUUGUCUGAAUAUGCUUUAAUUAAAUAUACACCCUUUUGUUCAAUCAUAAGAAUAAGAAAUAACAAUAUAUAUAUAUAUAUUUUUUUUAAUUGAUAGUGGUGUAAGAACCGCCCUGAACUCAAGAGUUUGCUUUUAGAAUUCAACACGAGUACACUUGGCUACCUUUGGAAAUCUACAACGUAAUUUGCAUAUUUUUUGAAGAUAGCAUUACUGCUUUUUUUGCAAAAUGAGCGGGGACAGAUCAAACUUCCUCUCCCAACCUGUUGUAAAGAAUGUGCUGGUGUAUCGGAACGGUGACCAGUUUUUCGAAGGCCGACGACUGGUGGUAAAUGAGAAAAGGGUGUCCAGUUUUGAAUCUUUCCUGAAAGAAGCGACUGGUGGGGUUCAGGCGCCCUUCGGGGCUGUGAGAAACAUCUACACACCAAGAGCCGGGCACCGUGUGGGCGCGCUGGACGAUCUGCAGAACGGAGAACAGUAUGUCGCGGCGGGCAGAGAGAAAUUUAAAAAAAUUGAUUACCUGCAGAUAGGAACAAAGAAGAAAAAACCCGCUCAGAAUAACACUUUGCAGAUAAAGCCAGUGGCCCACAGUAGGAUAGUUGUAUCUGCAAGAUUUCUGAGACCGAUUCAAGAGCCAUGUGCUAUUUUUGUGAUUGCAAAUGGAGACAUCUUAAAUCCAGCAGUCCGGCUAUUAAUACCAAGGAGAAUUAUUUCACAGUGGGAACUUGUCCUGGAAAUGAUUACUGAGAAAAUGAGCCUCAGAAUUCUAGGUGCUGUACGAAGCCUUUGCACUUUGGAUGGAAACUUUGUCCGUGAUGGAAAACAACUGGAAAAUGGACAGUUUUAUGUGGCAGUUGGGCGAGAAAAGUUUAAAAAGCUUCCUUAUGGUGACCUCAUUUUUACAAAACCAGCACCAAUAAGAAGAUACAAUGGGUCCAAGACAGCUUCCCUACCUCCUAUUUUUAGGUUUAGAAAGCAUAAGGAGAGUGUGGAAGAUCGUCAGAGCAAAUCCACUGGCGGUUCGAGCGAUACAGGGGACCCACUGGCCUCUCCUCAACCCCCAAAGAUGAAAGGGAAGAAGGCGCAGUUCUCAGCAGCAAAUGAUGCAGUUUAUCAUGGGAAACCAGUGAAGGUGAAACGGAAUAAAAAUGAAAUUAUCUCAAACAUCCCCUCUGACAAUGAAGAGGGUGUGUUUAAGGCAUACGAGGAGAAACUUGAGACAAGAGGAGCCGUGGAGGUUCAAGAAGAUGAAGACCUGCAAGUGGAGCUUCCAGUUGACCAGAGACAGGCAGAAACAGUGGAUGAAGAAGAUGAUGUAGAAGAAACUUUGAAGGAUGAGGAGCUAGUUGAAGACAACAAAUGGGAAAGUGAAGUUCAUGGUGGCCAAGAGGCAGAUGGAAGUACCGAAGAGGAUACUGUUGCCAGCUGGAGUGACCAUGAAGAAGAUCUUAUUAAUGAUAACAAAGAGGAGCCCCCUCAGGAAACACCAGAGGAGCCCCCUCAGGAAACACCAGAGGAGCCCUAUCAAGAGAUGCCAGAGCUCGAGGAGGAGGAAAGUAGAAAGUCUUGCAGUCCUUUAGGAAUAGAAACACCAUCCAGCCCAGAAAGCCAAAUCACAAGCUCUCGGAGGAGUGAAAGUGCAGAAAAAACUGAUGAAUAUGCUCUUGUGGCUUAGUGAGCCCACCAAUCAGCUACAUCACAGCACAAAAGAAAUACAUCAUUAAACUGAACAUGCCUGAACUGCAAAACGUAUAAACUACCUAGAACUCUACUAUCUUGUGCAAGAUAAUCAUCAUGGGCAUCACAGGGAGACAUGCUAUCAACAUAAGCUAAGUGUAGGAUGUUUUAGGGUGGAUAUCUGUGUCUAAUGAGUGCAGUACAUUCAUGUAUUUAUCUAAUGAACGUGAUAGAGCCAUAGCUAAUGUCUAUCGGAGACACCAGUGAGUGAUAUGGAGGCUUUUUAAUUAAGUAUGUAGACAUAGCAAUGUCAUACAGUAACAGCAUUAUUGUGUAUAUGGUAAUUUAGCCUCACUUAACAUAGUAUCGUUUGAACUAAAAGAUGACUGUUAUAAAACAUUAUGGUUUAACAUUCUAUUAGGCUUCAGGUUCCUGAAAGAACAGAUGCUAUUAAAAUGAUAUAUUUGGAGAUUGUUGGCCAGUGACCACAGAUGGUCCUCUAAGGAGGUUAAAAAAUAUAAUAUCUUGAGUACAGAAUACAUACUAGAUUUAUAAAUAAGGACCAGUGGGGUCAGUUUUUUUUAAUGUUUGUCUUAUCUAUACAUAAAUGUUCCUUGAGCAAAACUUUAACUGUGCAUAACUUUUCAAUGGGUGCACAUCCUGCACCCAUAAAUAGAGGCUGAGCCAAAUCAAAUUCAAAGUUAGUUAGCCAUCUAGUAGAGUCUGUCAGGUCUGCUGUCUUACCCAUUGUGGCAGGUUAUCCAACCUAUAUAUUACAGAACAGGGAUGCAAUUUGAAUAUCUAAGGGUCUGUUAAAUUACAUGUAUUUCCAAUUUAUAGUCUAGCCUAUAUCUAUAUCUAUGUCUAUCUAUGUGUAUAGGCAGUACUAUAAUGUAUGAGCAUAUGAUAACAUUGAGUAUAAUAAAUGUUAGAUAUACUGGCCUCCGAUUCCCUGUGUAAUAAAAUGUUCUUGUGUUUGUGUUCAAAAUGUAUUGUGUUGAAAUACACAAGUUAUCUUAAUUAUUUGCACCUGUACCUGUACUUGUAAUUUUUUUUUAAAUUACUUUUAGAUUAUUUGCUAUCUGACUUGCACAUCAAAAAAUCACUUUACUUACACAGUACAGUUUACUGUCGUAGCCUAAUUGUCAAUUUAAUUAAUUGGAUUAUCGAAUCGUGAAAUAACGAGGAAGCAUUGUAUAAAUGUAACAGAUGGCUUGGUUCAUUCUUUAAUAAGACAACACACAAUACAAAAUAUUGGAGUUUUAGAUGACAACAAAACAAGGAUUUUUCUUAUAUAAUGAUCUUUAAACAUUUUAUCUUCUUCUACAGUAUAUCAUGACAGAAUGAAACCUCUUCUGAUAUACACAACUUUGGAAUUAGAGAGCUUUGUAAGAAUAACUGCCAAUAGCUGUUUUAAUCUUUUUUCUUUUGAAACUGUACAAGUACACAAUGUUGAAUUUCAUCAAAUCUACCUCUGCUGUUUUGAAGUGGAAAAAAUAAAUAUGCAGCUCAUUAUUUGGCAACCUCUUUACACAUUUGUAACACAGAUAUUGCACUUACUUUCUUUUAACAUUAGUUUAACAAUAGUUUAUUAAAAUAAUGUGUUGAUAUUUGUUAUUAAUUGAUAGUAUACAUUUUAAAAGUUUCAGUUGUAUGUGUUCCUUCUUUUGUGGGUAUAUAAUGAAACAACAUGUAAAGUUAUUUAUUUACUAACAAUAUUAAUACAAAUAAAUAUGAAAAUAAAUCUAAUUCAGAUCUUAUUUAUUAUUACCUGUGUGCUCUCGGAAAUAGUUAAAAU